AUGGAUUCUAAGCAUCCUAGUUCGCCAGAUUUUUCCUUUGCUUUCAAUGACAGCAACUUUUCUGAUAGGAUCUUGAGGAUUGAGAUAAUGGCAGAGCCGCCGGAUAAAGAAUCUGACAGUGAGGAUUGCAAUACCGUUGCCGAAUGGGCCAAGAAACGGAAACGCUACUGGGGUGAGAACAGUGAUGAAGCAGCACACAACAAUGAUUCUCAUACUGUUACAAAAAUUAAAUUGUUGCACAUCACAUCUGCCCUUUUGGCUGCUAAAAGCCCUUUCUUUUACAAGUGUUUCCAAAAAGAAUCAGAAAAGAGAGAAGCGACAAUACGAAUCAGCGAAACAGAGGAAAUUCCCUUCAUGGAUAUGCUGAAUUUUGUGUACAGUGGGAUGCUAUCAGCUACCACUAGUCCAGCAUUGCUCGAUGUGCUGGUAACUGCUGACAGGUUUGAGGUAUCAUCUUGCGUGCAACAUUGCUGCAUGUUACUACGUAAUCUUCCAAUGACACCAGAAUGUGCCUUAGCAUACCUUGAGAUUCCUUUCAAAACAACCAAUGCAAUCAAAUAUCUUAUAGAUGCAGCUAAGCAAUCUCUUGCAAGAUGUUACAAGCAGUUUACACAUUCUCAAAAGGAGAAGGUGAUGACGUUGCCUUUGGUGGGGAUGGAGGCAGUUCUAUCAAGCAAUGAGUUGCAGGUGGUGUCAGAGGAUGCCGUGUUCGAAUUCCUUCUCAAAUGGGCGCGUGCCAAGUACCCGGACCUCGAAGAGCGGCGCAAGGUCCUGAGCAUGCGCAUUGCCCGCCUCAUCCGCUUCCCAUACAUGACAACCCCCAAGCUCAGGGAGGUGCUGAUAUGCAAUGACUUAGACGACAACACUGCCUCAAAGUUGGUUCUGGACGCACUCUUAUUCAAGUCAGAGACCCCAUACCACCAACACAGAUAUGUACACGGGCGUGCCUACACUUCUCGUCCUGUGAAGGUGAUAGAGUUGGAGCCGCCCCAGUGUGUUGUGUUCUUAAACCUGAGCCGGGCUGAGUGUCAGGCCCUCUAUCCAGAGGGACACGUAGAGUCGCAAGUUUUUCAUUUAAGGGGAACUGGUUUCUAUCUCUCUGCCAAAUGCAGCUUGGAUGAGCAAAACUCCCGAGGCUUCGCGCUUUUCUUAGGGAUGGUGAAGAGCGGUUCUGUCAAUGUUGCGGUUGACUUCAAGUUUAGCGCAUGGUCGAAGGAGGCAUGGGAUUAUGUGAACAAGGGAAAGGCCACACACACCUUCAAUGGGGAUAUGAUGUUUGGUUAUCGCAACCUCUUUCAGAUGCCAUGGACAGCAUUCUUAGCUGAUGACAACCCUUACUUCAUGACAGGCAUGCUCUAUUUGCGUGCUGAGGUCACCAUAAGGCCACUAUAA